CCCCCCAGCAGCAGUGAGCUGACAGGAUGUAACGUGGGCCAUGGAACAAACGUGUGAUGCUGAUCGCUCCCCGGACUAACUGUGGACCGAACCCCCCCCCACCUGCCGCCGCUGCUGCAGACACUGGCGCUUCAUCCGAGCCACGGGGACCAGCAGCGGCCGAUGGGAACCUGCUCCUCCAGCUGACGUCUACUACGUGUCGAGGGAUGGCGCUGUCUUUUCUUCUCUUCUUCUCUGCGGUGUUGCCCUUCCUCAGAGUGUCUGCAUCCUAUAAUAGAUCUGCUGGUUGCGCUAUCAUCCGUCCCCCCAGAGAUGGAGGGAUAAGGUACAGAGGUCUGACACAAGAGCAGAUCCGCAGUGUGCAGGUGCUUCCGGUAGACUAUGAGAUAGAGUACAUCUGCAGGGGCAACAGGGUGAUUGUGGGACCCAAGGUCAGGAAGUGUUUGCCCAACGGCACUUGGACCGAUCUGAUCCAGCGCAGCAGAUGCUUGUUAUUGUGUCCUCGGGUAUGGACAUCAUUGGAAAACGGCCGUGUGUCUUCUUGGCCCCUGGGGCCCCCAGUGGAAGGGACAGUGCUACAUUACAGCUGUCUGCCUUCCUUCAUCCUCAUGGGUCGAAACUCAACACAAUGCAACAAGAUGGGCAAGUGGGACACGCCCAAACCUGUGUGUCACUAUGAUCGCCACUACAAAGGCAAGAAAAAGCUCUACAUUGGAGCCCUGUUCCCCAUGAGUGGAGGCUGGCCCGGCGGACAAGCCUGCCUCCCCGCUGCACAGAUGGCUCUGGACCUGGUCAAUAAGAGGGCCGACAUAUUGCCGGAGUACCAGCUGGAGCUGAUACACUAUGACAGUAUGUGCGAUCCAGGCGAGGCCACCAAGCUGCUCUAUGACCUUCUGUACACGGAGCCCAUCAAAGUGGUGCUGAUGCCCGGCUGCAGCUCUGUGUCCACGCUGGUGGCCGAGGCUGCUCGCAUGUGGAACCUCAUAGUGUUGUCGUAUGGCUCCAGCUCUCCGGCUCUGUCCAAUCGCCAGCGGUUUCCCACCUUCUUCCGCACCCAUCCGUCUGCCACGCUGCACAACCCCACUCGGGUGCAGCUCUUCCAGAAGUGGAAAUGGACCAAGAUCGCCACCAUUCAGCAAACAACCGAAGUGUUCACAUCAACUCUGGAUGAUCUGGAAGAGAGGGUGAAGGAAGCUGGGAUUGAAAUCAGCGUUCGUCAGAGCUUCCUCACCGACCCUGCUGUGGCUGUCAAAAACCUUAAGCGCCAGGAUGCCAGAAUUAUUGUUGGUCUGUUCUAUGAGACGGAGGCCAGGAAAGUCUUCUGUGAGGUGUACAAGGAGAAGCUGUAUGGGAAGAAGUAUGUGUGGUUCCUCAUCGGCUGGUACGCAGACAACUGGUUUAAGAUCAAGGACCCGUCCAUUAACUGCACUGUGGAACAGAUGAGCGAGGCCGUGGAGGGUCAUGUGACCACUGAGAUUGUCAUGCUCAACCCAGAGACGGUGCGGGGGGCCUCCAACCUGACCUCCCAGGAAUUUCUAGCUCAGCUGAUGUCUAAACUCGGAGGUAAAAAUCCAGAGGAGACGGGCGGUUUCCAGGAAGCCCCCCUGGCCUACGAUGCUGUGUGGGCUCUAGCCCUGGCCCUGAACAAGACCGUGGGACCCCUAAAGGCUAAGGGUUACCGGCUAGAAGAUUUCAACUACAACAACCGGGAUAUCACAGCUGAGAUCUACCGAGCCAUGAACACUAGCUCCUUCGAAGGAGUUUCAGGUCAUGUUGUAUUUGAUGCUCAAGGAUCCCGAAUGGCCUGGACUCUUAUUGAACAGCUUCAAGGAGGGAGCUAUAAGAAGAUUGGAUACUACGACAGCACUAAAGGCAAUCUGUCCUGGUAUGGGAAUGACAAGUGGAUAGGCUCGGGACCGCCUGCAGACCAGACAGUGGUCAUCGAGGAGUUUCGCUACCUGUCCCAGAAGAUCUUUGUGUCCGUGUCUGUUUUUGCUGGGUUGGGAAUCCUGCUGGGAAUCAUCUGCCUCACCUUCAACAUCUACAACAGCAAUGUCAGGUACAUUCAGAACUCUCAGCCCUACCUUAACAACAUGACUGCCGUGGGCUGCAUGAUGGCGCUGGCUGCUGUCUUCCCUCUGGGCAUCGAUGGCCUUCAUGUCCACAGGAGACAGUUCCCCAUCGUCUGCCAGUUUCGCCUCUGGCUGCUCGGUCUGGGUUUCAGCCUCGCCUACGGCAGCAUGUUCACCAAGAUCUGGUGGGUCCAUACCGUCUUUACCAAGAAAGAUGAGAAGAAGGACAAGAGAAAGCAGCACCUGGAACCAUGGAAACUCUAUGCAACUGUUGGUGUUUUGCUCGGCAUCGACAUCCUGUCUCUCAUGAUCUGGCAGAUUGUGGAUCCUUUACAUAUCACAGUGGAGAAGUUCACCAGAGAAACCCCCAAAGGAGACCUGGAUGUUCUGAUUCAGCCUUUACUGGAACACUGCAGCUCAGAAAAGAUGAACACUUGGCUGGGCGUUGUGUACGGUUAUAAAGGAUUGCUGCUGCUGCUCGGCAUCUUCCUGGCCUAUGAGACCAAGUCCAUCUCCACAGAGAAGAUCAAUGACCACCGAGCCGUGGGCAUGGCCAUCUAUAAUGUUGCUGUACUGUGUAUGAUAACAGCUCCAGUCACCAUGAUCCUGUCCUCCCAGCAGGACGCCUCCUUCGCAUUUGCUUCCUUGGCCAUAGUCUUCUCGGUCUACAUCACUCUGGUGGUUCUGUUCGUCCCCAAGAUGCGGCGUCUGGUCACACGGGGUGAGUGGCAGUCAGAUGCCCAGGAGACCAUGAAGACCGGCUCGUCCACCAACAACAAUGAUGAGGAAAAGUCCAGACAGCUGGAGAGAGAGAACAAGGAGCUCCAGAAGAUCAUCCAGGAGAAAGAAGAGCGUGUGUCUGAGCUAAGAAACCAGCUGUCGGAGCGGCAGGCCCUGCGGUCCAGGAGAAGAGCGUCCACUGUCUCUAAUCAGAAUCACAGCUCCUCAACUCCUGCCAUUCCCCAGAGUGACCCCAGGUCCCUGGCCCCUCCUCCAGGGUACCCCGUCCCAAUCUCUGACCUCCACCCCAUCCCUCCGUCUUUCGGCAACUCGUCCAGCCUCUACCAGCCGGACAGCAAAAUCAGCCGAAAUAACUGCCACACCAGCCGGCUGCAGCUGCUCUACAAGUGAGGGAUGAGGACAGCAAUGAGGUUCAUAACUACACAAAGAUGUGAAAAAGAACCAACUCAUUACCUGUUGGAGGGGCUGACUCCAUAACAUGUUCCACCAAUCAGCAGAGGCUAGAGGACCACCAGUUUUGGAGUUGAUCAAUCAAUAUGUUAUUUUUCGUUUCUCUCCGAAAAAUGAUGUACAUAUGCCCACAUCUUGGUAAGCGUACAAUUUUGCCUCUAAUCUGCCAUUGAUUUAUCAUGUGCCAUCUACAGUUUGAAAAAAAGAAUUGCAGUCAGAAUUGACUGUUCGCUAAGCACUAUCUCCCUUAGCUACAGUUGCUAACCUGUCGAGCUUCUCAUAAUGCAGUUCAAUACAGAUUUACCACCAGAAUUUAUGUUAAUUUCUGAAACUAAAAAUCCUUGUCUAUAGAGAUCAAAGAAGACAAAAGCAGCUUCUCAUUUGUGGCAACUGUUGAAUAUGUCAUCUGAAUUCAAAACUGUUGCAACUGGCUCCUUUUAAAAUAAAAACCCAUUAGAAGGGUCUUUAAUAUAGAUACAAACAUAAAUUAAUAUACAAUGUAGUUGGCUAGAUACAUGGCAUUGUAAAAAAAGCUAGGCAUCUGGAAAAAAGUCAGCAUCCCCAUCAGUUGAUAGAGAAGACACUGAAAUAAAGGAGUUAUUACAACUGUUGUUGUAUUAAAGUGAAGUUAUCCCUAGGAUUAUAGUGCAGUGUGAAAAUGAAAAUGUAAGAUUACACUGUUACAUAAGGGAUGAUUUAGGGGCCAUUGUUAUAGUGAAUACAACCCAGACAGGGGGAUCAGGACCCUGAUGCAAAGUGGAUCCUCAUCCAGACAGGAACAUUUAAUAAGCUGUAAACCCUCCAAAUAAUAAAGUUAAGAAAUGACCCUUGUAACUAGAUGUAACGCUAGGUCACAACUAUGUGCAAUAAGCUAACAUGCUUACCUUUGCUGUUUAAGUUAGUUAACAGAUAAAGAUGUAUUUUUUGGGCUCUAUCAAGAGUGAUCCUUGGUAUCCAAAUAAUUUGGAGUGUGGUAUCAAAACCAAAAACACAAGCUCGUAAGGAAUUUAAUAUUGUUUGUUAUUGUAUUGUGUAGCUUUAGCCUCAGUCUUUUAGCAUGAUAUGUCUGUAGCCUUCAGUGCAUAUUUAGGGCCCCUUUAAACAUGGCUCUCAUUUUAAAACAGGUCAGCUAGAAGUUAAAUGAACACUUUUGCCAUCAAUGUGUUGGUGUUACUUAUCAAAAUAUGGCUAAUAAAAUCUGCUAUUGACCAUUGUCAUAGAAAGCUAUGGCUAAUAAAAUCUUCUAGUGACCAUAAAAUCUGCUAGCGACUAUUGUCAUAGCAAGCUACAGCUAAUAAAAUCUGCUAGCGACCGUUGUCAUAGCAAGCUACAGCUAAUAAAAUCUGCUAGCGACCGUUGUCAUAGCAAGUUACAGCUAAUAAAAUCUGCUAGCAACCAACUGAUUUUGGUUACUUAUGUGUGAAAUCAAAGUCCCAUUGAUUAAAAAUGACUAUGAAUUGUGAUGGUAAAUCUGCUACAGUUAGUAAAGUUGUAGAGUAAAAAUGUUCAACAGAUAGCAACAGUAGCUAAUAAGAGGUGUGGCUAACAGGCUCCAUUGGGGACCAAUGCUGUGUUCCAGGCAACCCGUAACCCGUGUUUUCACAACCUUCUACCUGUGAAAGUGCCCUGGAACAGCCGUAACUUACUACCUUAGAACUCGUACCAGAUCGUUGUACUCCCAGUUACAGUUUUGAUGUCACACACACAUAAACAACAAUGGCUACCCCUGUUGAUGCUGUACAGACGCAGAUUAUUAACGGAGCGAAAUACAAAUAAAUUGACAUAAAUAGGCAACUUGAAGUAAUUCCGUAGAAUGUAAUCAAAACAACACACGUACGAUUGGGUAUACGUGCAGUUUAGUGUCCCAAAUUCCCUAUAACAUAAGCCCAUUUGUACAGGUCCUAUCCCCUGACCAAUUGGCUAUCCUAACCUUAACCACUCACGGUCAAAUGCCUAACCCCAACCUAUCGGCGGGUGUUGGCGUGGCCAUAGUGGAAUUUGGGACACUAAACUGCACGCGAACCUACAAUUGUGUACUACACUUACACUUAAUAAACACUUAUGUUUAUUAAAUGAAGCCCAAAAUAUGUCUCCAACUAGAAAUCGCUAGUAUCAGCUAGUGCUAGCUAACAUCAAUGUUAGGUCGCCGCUUAGCUAACGCUAGCUAGAAGGGUUUGUCGUAACUUUGUCUGGAACACUACCAAGUUGUGAGUCGUGACUUGAAGUAACUUACGGGCUAAAAACUGUGUCUGGAACGCAGCACAAGAUGUUAAGCAUUUAUUAUAUCUGUACCUUAAAAUAUUGCCUCCUGAUGUGUUUACUGUAGAAAGUGUUAUGUACUGUAUUAAGAGGCUGGACAGACUUCAUGAUGAUGUCAGUUUUGUGACAAAGUAACUGGUUGUAUCCAAAACAUGAUAGGUUUUGUCAUUUUGGCUUCUCUUGUUAAAUGUUUGAUGGUGUUUUUUUACAUUAUUAGUCUCUGUUCAAAGAGACUGCUCAUUGUACAUAGUUGUGUGUUCAUGCUAAACCCCUCACUGUGGAUGAACGUAGUCCUGUUGAUUUAGGGCUGAAAAGAAAAGUAAGCUGAGGAUCAUCAUCUGCUGUCAUCUGUCAGGUAUUAAGAAUUGUGACUAGCACACUCAGAAGCUGAAAGAGCAUUACAUGAUGCUCAAAGCAUCAAUCCAAACACCUUAUGUGUUUGUUUAAUGGUAUGUUUAUGGAAUUUGUUUUCCAGGAGCUGAAUCCAUUUCAUGUCCAAGUGAAUCAGUAAGUAGUCUAAGGUUUUCAAAAUGUUAAGAUUUUGUCUUCUUUUUUUAAAUACAGAUACAGAUUAGAUACAGAUUUAACAGAAGUCACACUGUGCAUUUUCAAUUAUGUUAUUUUCUAUCUGUGACAGUACAUUUAGGGGACAAAGCAACACUGUUUCAACCUACAGUCUCAAACUUUUUAAACCAUCAAAACCUUUGUGAUUUUUGAUUUUGGUCACUAAACACAGUGACCUCAGUUUUGUCAGUAUUCUGCAAAAGAUACUUCUGGCAUGCACUGAGAAUGGGAGUCAAUGGGACCGUAGUCAGCCAAUGAAGAAGAGAUGUAGAUUUAAGUAACAAAUGUAAUUAUCAAUGUUCUUGUUAAUCAAGUGGACUUGUUGAUUCUUGUGGUACUCCACUGGUCAUGUUAGCUCCCAUAAAAGUGAGAUUGCUAAUGGCUAAUCUUUCAAUUUCUAAAAUAUAAAUUAAGAUUAAAAAAGUAAAAUCAGUGAAAUUUGAAAUAUGAGCAGCACCACAGUAUGAACUAACACCGCACAUGACUUACAAGGACAGCAGUGUGUCAUUGAUUUUUUUUUCCAUGUCUGUCCUAAAGUGUUCAAUCAAAUCCCCCAUGGUUAGUUAGUAACAGAGGCCAUCAUUUGGGCCUUCUCCACAGCUAUAAAUAAACAGAGUUCCUAGCUAUUCUUGAGAAUAAAACCGACAGGCUGCCAUCAGAUUUUCCCUGUAUAUGCCGCUGCAGCCUUUUACUUCUUCUUGAGUUAACUCUUCUGCUUUUUUUGGUCUCACUUCCAAAUACAGCUCACUGUGUGGGUUUUGUGGAUACUGCCUGUUAGUUUCAAUGAAAAAUUGUUCAUGCCAGAAAAUGAAAUUACAGCAUCUGCUUUACUUCUGUAUACCUGGGUUAGGGUUAUAACCAGUGUUGGGAGUAACACGUUACAAAAGUAACGCAGUUACAGUAGUAAAUUCCUUUUUGCUGUAACGCAGUAAUAUAACGCAAUACUAAUUCAAUUUUGGUAAUAUUAUACUCAUUACAAUCUCAGUAACGCAAGUUACAAUGCAUUUUAACUCAAAAUUUAGUGGUGUUUUGUUUUUUUAAGAAAUCACCAACACCUUGAAACAUUUCUGGGACCAGUAUGUUCAGUAUGUUGCAGUUUUAUAAGAAAGUGAGAAGACAGACAUGUUUUGAAUCUAAAGUCUCACGUUCAUCUCAGUAAGCUAGGAAGACUGCAAGAGUACACAACAGACCGUGUAGGCUACUUCAAAAUAAAAGUACUUCUGUUGUCGGUUCGCAGUAAAACUAACUUACUGUUAAAUAAAGUUGUGUACCUCUUCACGUAUCAGCUGUAAAUCAAGUACUGUAAAAAAUGUAGAUAGUGAAUUAAUCACACUAUAAUUGACGAUUUUCUUUAGACUGUUUUAAACUAAACAACCAUAAUUUCUUAUUCACAUACACUUUACAACAAUCCCGUAUUUCACCACAACUGUAAGGUAAAUUUAAUUGAGUAUUUUCAAUCUCCUACUGGCCUAUGUUUGUAUGUAUGUUUUUACUCUGUUUUUUUUAACUGUAGUUACCUUGCUUAUUCAUAUUAUUUAUCCAAAAUAUUAUAUGCUGUGGAUAAAGAGGAGACUUUAUUGAUUCAGUGAUGAAAUUCCCAAGCUAGCUGCCAAGUCAAACUCCCGCUGUGAUUUUGGUGAAAGUCACUCAAAAGUAAUUAAAAAGUAGUGUAACGUGUUACAAUUCAGAGACAUUAAUAUUAUAAUAUAACUAAUUCCUCUCAAAUGACAGUAACUAGUAAUCUAUAAUGUAUUACAUUUUGGAAGUAAUUUGCCCAACACUGGUUAUAAUAACAUAAAACUUAAGAGAAUAACAGAGAUAACAGCAUGGGGCUUUCUGUCUCUCCUUGUGUCUUUAUUUUCAUUGAGGGUCUAGCUGUAUGACUUUAAUGUUUCUAUGUGUGCAAUACAUGCUCACAAGCACCUUUUAUGUCUUAACUCUCAUGACAAACCUGUUGUGUAAUCUCUAGCUGAGGUAUAGAGGUUGUCUUGACUUCCACUCCAGUCUCACGUUCUCUGUGUGGUAGCACAGCUUGUUUGAUAAGCUUGGGCUGUCAUAAGCACGUCUGAAUUGACUAAUAACUCUAGUAUGAGACGGAGAUGUAUAAACCAUGAGAACAUUGUGCAGUGCUCCUGCUCCGUUUUUUUUUAAAAGUGUAAAUACCGACUGUAUGUUUGUCUGUAAUGAUGUAUUUUAACAGGUCUGUAAAGCAGUGAAGAUAUAAGUGAUGUUCAUACACAUGAGAAUAUGCACACUGACUGUAAAUAACGAUGAUGUAAAUAAUGUUGACAUUAGCAAGCAGUAUUUCAUGUGGUACAGUGUUCAAAAUAUAUUUCUAUAUGCCGUAAUAUCUGAUAUCACUGGUCAUUUGAAAUGCAAGAAUGAAAAUAAAACUGGUUGUUUUUCCCAAA